AAGAAAAAAAUAAAUGUUCCUCGAACAAAAAGCAUUAAAGAAAGAAAAUAUAAAAACAAUGGUGGAAACCCUGCAUGGCUUCGGUCCAUUGGAACCGUAUAAAGCUUACACGAGGAUCCCAUUUGCUUUGCAUUCAUAUGCUCUCUUCUUUUGCUUUCUUUUCCUCACUCUUUCUUUCUGCCACCCAGAUUCUCAUCUCCCAUUUUUUUCUCUCUCUUCUUUAUUCGCUUCUUAACUUAGUGAUUUUUUCUAAUUAAACUUUUUCUUAUCAAAGUUUUCAUUCAAUUUCUAAUAGUUUUUGAGUUUGACUUAUCGGUGAGAUUGACAUAUGCCUGGAAACAAGUAUAAUGAAAAUUCAAAUAUCUUAACAAGUAGAGUGUCAAGGCUUCUACAAGAUAGACAAAGAAGAGCAAGCAGGGCUUCAAGUAACAAUAAUGAAGCAGAAAAUAACAGAAGCCUGGAGGGUGAAGAGGAUGACUUUUCCAGGGUGGAUAGUUACUUGGAAGGUGCUGCGGCUGCUGAAGUAUUGCCUACCCAGAGACUGCUGGUGGUUGCUAAUCGUUUACCAGUUUCAGCUGUUAGGAAAGGUGAAGAUUCCUGGUCUUUGGAAAUUAGUGCUGGAGGUCUUGUCAGUGCUCUUUUAGGUGUAAAGGAAUUUGAAGCAAGGUGGAUUGGAUGGGCUGGUGUUAAUGUUCCUGAUGAAGUUGGACAAAAAGCUCUCAAAAAGGCUCUUGCAGAGAAGAGGUGCAUACCUGUUUUCCUUGAUGAGGAGAUAGUGCAUCAGUAUUAUAAUGGUUACUGCAACAACAUAUUGUGGCCUCUUUUUCAUUAUCUUGGUCUACCUCAAGAGGAUAGACUUGCUACUACUAGAAGUUUUCAAUCUCAGUUUUCUGCUUACAAGAAGGCGAAUCAGAUGUUUGCUGAUGUUGUAAAUAUGCACUAUGAAGAGGGUGAUGUCGUUUGGUGUCAUGAUUAUCAUCUCAUGUUCCUUCCCGAGUGUCUUAAAAAGCAUAACAGCAAGAUGAAAGUUGGCUGGUUUCUCCACACCCCCUUUCCCUCUUCUGAAAUCCAUAGAACCUUGCCAUCUCGUUCUGAACUCCUCCGUGCAGUGCUUGCUGCUGAUUUGGUUGGUUUUCAUACCUAUGAUUAUGCAAGGCACUUUGUUAGUGCUUGCACUCGUAUUCUUGGGCUUGAAGGCACACCUGAAGGUGUAGAGGAUGAACAAGGAAGAUUGACACGAGUAGCUGCUUUUCCUAUUGGAAUUGAUUCUGAUCGUUUUAUUCGAGCAAUUGAAGUUCCUCUAGUUCAAGAGCAUAUUAAAGAAUUGACUGAUCGAUUUGCCGGCAGGAAGGUAAUGUUAGGUGUUGAUCGAUUGGAUAUGAUAAAAGGUAUUCCACAAAAGAUACUCGCUUUUGAGAAGUUUUUGGAGGAAAACCCCUCCUGGCACCAUAAAGUCGUUCUGCUCCAAAUUGCUGUUCCAACAAGAACAGAUGUUCCUGAAUAUCAAAAACUUACCAGUCAAGUUCAUGAAAUAGUUGGACGCAUUAAUGGGAGAUUUGGAACUUUAACUCGUGUUCCUAUCCAUCAUUUGGAUCGUUCGCUAGACUUCCAAGCCCUAUGUGCUCUAUAUGCAGUGACUGAUGUAGCACUAGUUACUUCAUUGAGAGAUGGCAUGAAUCUGGUUAGCUAUGAGUAUGUGGCUUGUCAAGAUGCAAAAAAGGGUGUACUCAUUCUCAGUGAGUUUGCUGGGGCUGCACAAUCUCUGGGUGCUGGAGCUCUCUUGGUAAACCCCUGGAAUAUUACAGAGGUAGCUGCUGCAAUUGGUAAAGCCCUAAAUAUGUCAGAUGAAGAGAGAGAGAAAAGGCAUAAACUUAACUUCGACCAUGUUACAGAGCAUACUGCUCAGCAGUGGGCUGAAACGUUUGUAAGUGAACUGAACGACACAGUUGUGGAGGCUCAGUUGAGGAUAUCACAAAUCCGCCCAGUACUUCCAGUUGAAUCUGCUGUUAACAAUUUGUUGAAAUGUAGUAAUCGACUACUGAUACUGGGAUUUAAUGCAGCAUUGACAGAAGCAGUUGAUAUACCUGGUAGAAGGGGCACUGAUCAAGUGAAGGAAAUGAACUCUAAGUUGCGUCCGGAGCUAAAAGGGCCUCUAACUGUGCUUUGCAAUGACCCAAAAUCAACCAUUGUUAUUCUUAGUGGAAGUACCAGAAAUGUUUUAGAUGAUAACUUUAAGGAGUUUGACUUGUGGUUAGCAGCAGAGCAUGGAAUGUUCUUACGGCAUACAAGGAGAGGAAAUUGGAUGACUACGAUGCCUGAGCAUUUGAAUCUGGAUUGGUUUGCCAGUGUACAUCAUGUUUUUGAGUAUUUCAAGGAUAGAACUCCUCGUUCGAUUAACGAGCGCCGUGAUAUUUCCCUUGUAUGGAAUUAUAAAUAUGCUGAUUUUGAAUUUGGGAGAUUGCAAGCUAGAGACAUGCUACAGCACCUUUGGACGGGCCCUAUUUCAAAUGCAUCCGUAGAAGUCGUUCAAGGUAGUAGGUCUGUCGAAGUUCGACCAGUAGGUGUUACAAAGGGAUCGGCUAUUGAUCGCAUUUUAGGGGAGAUAGUACAUAGUAAGCCUUUGAGAUCACCAAUUGAUUAUGUCUUGUGCAUUGGUCAUUUUCUGGAGAAGGAUGAAGAUGUAUACACAUUUUUUGAGCCAGAACUUCCUUCCGACAAUGUGAGCCACUCAAAAACCAAAGCAUUUGAUGCUUCCAAGUUUCCCGAGAGGCCAUCAUCCAAGCCAUCACCCAGGACAAGUGGAUCGAAGGCACCGCAUGGAAAGGCAACACAACGAUCAACACCAAACUCAGAAAAGACGACAAAUCACAGUAACGGUAAGCAUUCGGGAAAGCAACCGUCAGAGAAGACCUCUUGGAACGUUCUCGACCUUGAGAAAGAGAACUACUUCUCUUGUGCAGUGGGCAGAACUCGAACCAGUGCUCGUUACACCAUUGGAUCAUCAGAUGAUGUUGUUUCAUUUUUGUCAAGGUUGGCCGAUGCAUCUCAAUCUGUGACAUCAAAUUAAAAGGCAGAACCGCUUUAAGUGUUGAAUGUGGAUCUCAAUUCAUGCUACCUUUAUGCGUUGAGAAUGAUCAGAAAAAUUGUAGAGCCUAGGCAUAUCUUGAUUAAUAAAAUUGUGCCAACUUAUUUGAAUAAUUGUAAGUCUUUAUGAUGAACCCAAGUAUUCGCCCAACCUGUGCAUCUCGUUUGGGUAGAAGAAAGUCGGUCCUUGCAACUCAUUUCAGCCUUUUAACAGAGGUUCAAUCGAUGCUGCCAAAUUGCACAAGAACAGCUCACAACUACUAAUAGAAGUUUGGUUCUGUUUAACACUGUUGACCCAGAUCAGGCUGCUUUCCAUUGAUGGGUGCAUUUCCAACUCCCCAGAAAAGAACAUAAAAAAGGAGAACUCAAUACUGGUAAAUAGUUUUCAUGAGCGAUUUCUCAACUGUAUCGAGAGCUCAAGCCAUGAAAAACUUCUUUGUAUCAUAUUGAAAAUCAAUAUUCUUUUUAACAUCUAUUUUACUGUCCCCUCCAUUGCUAGUUCUUUUACUAUUAGAAUUGAACGCUAUUGUAUCCUGCAAGAAGUUUCUUAAAGGGCUUUUAUGAAAUCAGUAAUUUCUUUGUUA